AUGGCAUCGGAAGACAGAGGAGGGCGUGAUGUUAGGGAAGAACUGACACAAAUUGAGAGAAAAUGUGUUCAAAAUGAGAAUGCUCUUCAACGAUCGGGAAGUAAUACCUCGUUGUUAAUGAGAACCCGCAACCUUAUAACAAGUUCAGCUCUAUCUGCGAGCCAAGAGAUGACAAAUUCCAUCGCCAUGGGCAUCGUUCCAUCUUUUCCUGCCACAGCCACCCCAGUUCCUUAUUCUUCGUCUUCUUUUCACGCGGGAAAAAAGAGGCCUGCAGGUGCAACAAAUCAUCCAUGGUGCCUCAAAGGUAAACAGAAGAAACAAAUGAAUCAAGAGUUACACCCAAAAGCUGUUCAUCUCCUCCACAAGCCCAAAGAUCUCGAUGAAAUGGCUUUGUUCCUGAUUACGCAGUUACCGACGAUAUGA